GACCUGGAGAACAAACACAUUCCGGUCCCAGUUCUUCAGAGGAAUGUCUAAUUAAUUGCCAUACUUGCAUACGCUCUUUUGACACGGGUACUAUUUUGCUGAUACGGCAUGUGGAAUAAGGUGGUAUUGAAGAAUAUGUUAGAUUAUGCUAGGAGGGAGAGGCGUGGUGAUUGUCUGGAUGACGUCACUGUGUGACACAAUGCUACUUAAUGACGUCAUCAAUGAUCUCAUCCUUUUCGAACCACAUAACGUAAAUGUCAUAAAAAUAUGAGGAAGUUUGUACCAACUCCGUCAGCCGGUUCUCUCAAUCCAUAACCGCUCCAUACUUCCCUUAAAACAUCCUACGUUUCAUCCUCACCUAGAUCGAACUCACACAUAUCUCGAAAUCCUACAACCUUAUCCCCAGGCCUUAACAUUUCCCCAAACACAAAUCUGAUAGUUAAUUCCAACUACUUUGACUCAUAUAUUCAACCCAAACAUUAAAACAACACAUAAAACUAUUCCUAAUCCCAGUCUAUUCCUACCCCGAAACCAUACCCAAGUCCCACGAAACAGAGUGUUCUCGCCCAUCACGUGCACGUUAUGCCCAUCACGUUAUGGCACUGACCAAGGACCAUGGGAGAUUCGACCUCACGGAAGCGGAUCAUAAUCUUCAAAAUUGAUUUUAUCUUUAACGAAAUGUUUUUAUUGACCCAGGUCAUUUGCUGUGUAAUUUAAUCUAAAUGUGUAACACGAACUACGGUUAUCUCGAACUAAAAUUAAAUGGCCCCUUCCAAUUCGUUAUAGACGUACUUUAUUGUAUAUCAUAUAUAAACACUUAUUCGUUAUAAUUAAACUGGGAAGAUGACAUAAACCUACUCCUCCCAAAACAAUCCAAACGUCAACCCCCAACCGCCACUUCAUUUAUCUUGGGAAGAAAUCUUUGUAAUAUAUAGUCAAGAUGUUGGGCGACGGAGACGCUAUUUCUAGGCUAAAACCCACAUACACACGAAGAAGGUAAACUACAGUUCGUGAUCCCCUGCUCUCUACCUGCGAAGGUGUAUCAACGUAACGGAGAACUCUUGCGAAAGACAGUCCUCUUCGUAGUUUCAUUUUGGUCAACCGUGGGUGGCGAGAAGCUGCCCGUGAAACAACCGUUGAGUUAUUAAUUGACAAAGCCGUCUCUCCGCCAGCUGUUUCCAAGCGCCUCAGUUCAGCAACCACAACAGGGAUACUACAAAUCGAUGUCGGAUUCCUAACUCAAUCAGCCUGCCACACCGCCCAUGUGGGGACGGGACGGACAUUUGACCAGCAUGGUCAUUCAACUGGACAUUACCACUCCGCCACAGCCGCAACGUGAACGUCUCCAACAUCCCUCAAGGAGUAUUUGCGACAACAUAUUGUAGUCCUCAGUUGAAGCCGAGGACAGCUCGUAGACAGUCUAACCUACUUUCUGUUUACACUCAUCAGCUGUGUGUAAAUGUUCCACUUCGUCAUCUCCUCGUCACCCCGUCGGAUUCCAAAUCUACCUGUCCAGGCUUCGCACCCGCUCACGCCAGAUCAAUCGCUUGAGGCAUCCAGACAAAACUCGCCUAAGUAACUAUAGAACGCAUGAAGCGACGGAGAGGAAGGUAAGGCCAGCGCUCCACCAGUACAGUAGUAAGCUCAGCGCAACACAAAAGGAGCUGGAUUCCCUGUCGUGUUUGUCUGAGACUGGAUCAAGACGUUUUAUGUAAAGCGCUACCUCCUCGCUUGAAUAGCCAUAAAUUACAAGCUCUACCCAUCCUGUGGACGCCAUGCAGGUUGUGUACAGUGGCGGAUCAUCGACACCCACCCCCUCCCCAAGGCUGCAGAGGAAAGCUUACCAGGGGGGCUACGGACGACCUGUACUACCGGGGUAUAUUGUGGCCCCUCCGUCUGUUAUGGUUCACAGGUCAAAGGAGAAAUUAACCGAGGGAGAUACCAGUCUUAGAGACUCAAUUCCUGCCAUGUCGAAGCCAGUCGCUGUUUUCUGUUUAGUGCUGAAUAUCUUCAUUCCUGGAAUGGGGACGUUCAUUUCUGGUGUUAGCGUGUUAUGCUGUUCCGAAGUUCGGCCUAAAGGCGCCAGUCGACGUAACGUGGUGUGGGUGAACGCCGGUGUUGCUCUACUACAGUUUCUUACGACGUUCUUGUUCCUGCUGGGAUGGAUAUGGAGCAUUACGUGGGGGGCAGCAUUCCUGACAAUUGCAAAAGAAUACGGUAAAUCAAAAGAAGUGCAACACACUCACACAAUAAAAAUUUCUCCAAAGCACGAAAGAAGCUAUCAGGAAGCCUCGACAAGCCGGGACACCUUAACACCUAGUAGCAACGGAAUCGUGAAACAUGAGGACGAAAUGUUUUUAAGCCCCAGCGCAGCCAGCCAUCCGCAGCCAAUGAUUACACUUCAACAACCCCCUAUCUUGAACCAUUCCGUGGAGAAAGUCUCCCCCUCGCGACCAUUAAUGAACGCCCGAACAAGACAUCAAAAAAUUCUUCAACGGCAGAUGUCUGAAAAUCAGUUGUCUCCCUUUACUUUGACCAAUGAGAAACUGGAGGCAAUAGUGAUUCAUGACAUUGUUCCGAGGCCAACGCGGGCUGCUGCUGUACAGCGGACGGAGACAGUCGAAAGUGUUGAAUCAAUCUCUGAUUCCGAAGAUCCCGCAGGAAAAUCGUGACGAGGAAUAGAUGUGGAACACAGACAUUCUCCAUUGUGGUACCUCCCUGCUCACGGUUUUGAUACAUAAAUAAACAUUAUUUACAUGGCCUUCACUCACAACAUUACCAGAGAGUUUUGGUCUGUUUUUUCACAUAUUGUUCAAUUGUAUCUUGAUAUAUGCCUAUGUUUGUACGAUGAUAUAUAUAUUUUCGUUACCCUAAGAAAUCUAGAUGGUGAAUUGUAGGGACAAACUGAAGUCAUUUCUAAUGAAUCCUUUGGGUUCGCUGCUUACAUGGGACGAUCGUUGCUUCAACAAGGCAACCACAGAUUCAGUGAAGAAGAAGACGAACUUUGUUGACCAUGGUGACUGUUAUUUUAUUAUUCAAAAUUGACUAAAAUUUUAAUGACUGACAAAAUAACAAUGGUGCAAUGCGUUCACUAAAUAGUAUUACUCGACCAUCAGCAUUGCUUGAACGAUGUAAGGUUAUGACACAUAUUUCUGGGCCGGGGCGGUAGGGUAGCCUAGUUGUUAAAGCGUUCGCUCCCCACGCCGAAAUCCCGGGUUCGAUUCCUCAAAUGGGUACAAUGGGUGAAGCUCAUUUCAGGUGUUCUCCACCGUGAUAUUGCUGGAAUAUAGCUAAAAGCGGCGUAAGAGUACACUCACUCAUUCACUCACUAUUCCUGGGCCAUGAUUGAAGUACCAAAAUUGAUUGAAGUACUAAAACCCUUCUCAUUGUUUACCUGCGCCAGCGGUGCUCGCUCUCUGCUGAUGGGGCAAGACAAUUUCACUGUUUCGCGAACUCAUUACAGCACUGUAACGUCACAAUAUUUUGUGAAUGUACGUUCUAUAAUUCCCCGCUUCCAUUUUAUGUGAUUCUUUGUCUAUUGUUAAUACCGGGCGGUUGAGUAGCCUAGUGGUUGAAGCGUUCGCGCGUCCCGUCGAAGCCCCGGUUCGAUUUCUCACACGAUACAACGUGUGAAGCCCAGUUCUCGCUUUCCAUGUCGUGAUAAUGCUGGAAUAAUGCUAAAUGCGGCGGAAACCCUCACUCACCCACUGUACCCUCAGCCAUGGCGUGUCUAUGACAGUUUUUAAAGCACGACGUCGGGUACUCGGUCAAAAUUACCGUGAACGAUGCUUCUACCUGCAUCUAUAUCGUUUUGGUACCAAUAAAACCGUUCGAAAAUGUUAAUUAUCAGGUACAUCAAAUACUUACAUGAUAAAAAGGAUAUUAUUAUAAUGUUAUUACUGUGUCACUUAGAUAUUAUGGGUAUGCUGUCGUACUUCAUUCACCAUGUCAUGGCAGAUUUUGGGUUCGUGUACUCCCGGGCUAAAGCAAGUACAUGGAUUUGACUGUAAUAUUCAGGCGCGUAGUAAGCCAUUUUUUUCAUGUAAGCCCGAUUGGUUGCAAAGCUUUAUAUUUAAUUAGUAUUGAGGGCUUGCCCAACUUUCAUAGUAAAACUCAUGUGUAAGCCCGGGCUUUUUUUAUAAUGGUAGCUACGUCCCUGAUAUUGCAAACGUUAUCAAAACUUAAUCGACAUAACCUUUUCCUAUUCGUAUUUAGCCACCAUCAAACAAUUUGCUGGCUCAGCAAGUUUAUGUUAUAUACUCUUCAAAGAAAGUAGGGGAACUUCAUUUUUAAUCUACGAUUGAAAACAAUUGGGAGAUAUAUCGAAGUCAAUCAAAGUUGAUAUGAUGCUGCGAGUGUAUCACCACUUACACUUCCUUAUGAUCAUAAUUGUUUGUAUAGUAAUCGCUCUUGAAAGAUGAAUGGUGUAUGAAAUUUGCAUGUGUACGAUUUUCAUUUUCAAAC